ACAGUGAGAGUAGUUGGAUCAUCGUACGGACCGAGAAACAGACACGUACGGCCGUACAUUUCCAGAGACAAGUGUUGCUCCUUCGAGAAGACGAUCCCACGGGCGUUGUCUAGACUCGGAUGUAGAGGAUCAAUCCCAGCAGCAAUGGGGUUCGUAAAGUACAGUGGCCAUGGUUUAUGAAGAAGGGUUUCUGCCCACAUGGGGAUACAGCGUAAGCCGUUGCAGGCGCAGGUCUCUCUCACUGUUUUGCACGGACCGCAACUCCCUUUUUUCAAAACCCCACCACAAAAGUUGGACUUUUUUCCCCUUUAUUCCCCAUUUUUCAUUUCCCCUUUUCGAAAAAUAUGAUUUCGUUUCGGUUUUUCUCUCCUCUCCUUGCUCCAUAGCUAACUAACUGCCUCCUAUUUUCACACCUCCAUUCGGUUCUUUCUUGGCUCUCCCACUCUUUUGGAAAAAUGGAGCAUCGGGAUCAGAGGCAAGAGAGCCAUGGAGUCCAUAUUUGCAGUAAAUGUGGAUGGGCCUUCCCAAACCCUCAUCCAAGUGCCAAACACAGGCGUGCUCACAAGAGGGUUUGUGGAAAAAUUGAAGGAUUUAAGCCGGUUGAAGCUGAGGCUAACGACGCCCAUUUGCCCCUUUCAGAUGAUGAUGGUGAUCACAAAAAUUCCUGUCCUAAAGUCUUGGAAGGGAGUUGCAAUGAUAAGGGUGUUGAUGGAAUGAGGAAAAAACCAAAGGAAUCCGAAGACGAAGUGUUUUCAGAUGCUGUUGCAGAGUUUUCUGAGGGUGUAGGGCCGAACAAAUCCGUGGGAGAUGCUUCAAAUUUGGUAAGCACCUCGAAGAUGGUAGCGGAGGAUGAAAUGAAUAGCUCCCAAACUUUGAAAGACAGAGAAAUCCUUGAUCGUGUUCCAUUGUCAAGUUCUUUGACUGAAAACCGAAUAGCGGAAAGUUCCAUUGCUGCAGAAACUAUCGAUCAGUCAGGAAGUGAGCAGGAAAGCAAAAAUAGUCAAGAAUUUGUGAAUCUUGAGACUGAUUUUGGAACUCCUUCGUCAAGCUCUUCAACUGGAAACCGAAAAGUGGAAAAUUCGUUUGUUGCGGAAACUGCUAUAGAUCAGUCAGGAAAUGAGCAGGACAGCAAAAUUAAUCCAGAAUAUGGGAAUCUUGAGACUGAUUUUGGAACUCCAACAUCAAGCUCUUCGGCUGGAAACCGAAAAGUGGAAAGCUCAGUUGUUGCAGAAAAUACUGUAAAUCAGUCUGGAACUGAACAGGAAACCAAAAUUAAUCGAGAAUUUGUGAAUUUUGAGACCAACUUUAGAAAUGGGGAUUCAAUGAUUCUGCUCCAUGAUCAUAUGAAUGCUACUGCUACAGGUGACUUGUACCCGAUUGAACCUGAAAUGGUAAUAGCCGCUCCUGUUGAAAAUGUACCUCAGUGCUCCUUGCCAUCUCCUGAUAGAAGUUAUGAUGAAAAGAAAAAUGAGGGCUUCGGCUUAUGUAAUAACUUAGCAGAAAUCGCAGCAUCAUCUGGAAAAGUUGAUAAUAACAAAUUCGAGCCACUGCCAAAGACCGAAGAAACUGUUGACAUACCUACAGAGCCUACUGCACAUAAUGAAAUUCUUCCAUCAAUGGCUGAUGUUGACAGUUCCAUCCAUACUGCAACACCCCCAAGUGUUGUUUCUGAUGUUAAACCCUUUGCCUCAACUCAAGUCACAUCAUCUAAUACUGGAAAAGAAACAGAGUCUUGUAGUUCUUUCAAUUUACUAGAGACCAAUAAAAUAAAAGAAGGGAAUGACAAUGUGCAUCCACCUUCUGUGUUGAGUGAGGUAAAUGUUGUAGACCGUCCCAAGGCUUUAGUUAAAGAUUCAGAGGACCCUAAAGAAGUUAAAUUAACCAAUUGUGUUAUACAGGAGGACCCUCGUGAAGGAGUCAGUAGUCUGGGAGACAAUUUUAAGUAUCCUAAUACCAAGGAGAGUUAUCCUACUUUGCAGGCAGAGCCAUUUGACCAAGCCUCUGAAGGAGCUUCUUUUGACAUGAAAAGAGUGGAAAAUAGGCAAAAACAAGAAAGUGGAGGCUCCGAAGUGUUGGUUGAUGUGGAAGGUGCUCGUUCUAAGAACAGCGGUUGGGAAGUCGAAGAAGUUCUCAUUCAAGAAGUGGAUCCAACUCAGAUUAAAGAAGGUAUAUUGAGCGAAAAUGAAAAGCAAGAUAAGAGUCAAACCUUAAGUGAUGCUGCAAUAUUGCGGAUAGACAGUAUUCCUAUUCCUUUAGCCUCCCUUUCUCCAGAAGUUGAAACGGUGGCGCCUUCCAAGAAUUCCCUCAAUAGUUUUUCAGAAAAUGUUGCUGAAAUUUUGUUUGAUGAAAACUCCGUGGCUGCACCAACAGGUAAUCAGAAGAGUCUGGAUCAGAAUGAAGUCGGUACUGGAGCCGUUAUUUUAGCCGAUGAUGACAACAAGGCAGGAGCAUGUGGAAGACAUUUGGAGGAGUCGGUGCAAGUUCGUCUUUCAGCCAAUGUGCAUGAAAACGACGAUAGCGGUGUUGGUAAUAAGGAUAAAUUUGAUAAUCCAGAUGUAGCUGGAGUUGAGAACAACGAAGACCCUCCAGAGGAGAAGUUUUCAAUGGGGGUUGAUUACGCACCUGAAUCAAUUACUAACAGCAGGGAGAAAAAAUGCAUUGCUGUUGAAGAAGAUACAGCUGAUGGAUCUCCUAGGAAGUUAUCUGGGACUGGAAGUGCUGUGCUUGUGCCGUGCAUUAGUGAAGCGAAUGCUGAUGAUCGGUCAUGUUGUGUCGGGGAUUUCGACUCAGUUCAAAACACUUCUGACAUCCAAGCCAAAGAAAAAGCAAAUUUGCUUUUGGUAAGUAAGGAAUCUGUUAUGGGAAGAUCUGACGCUUCUCAGGAUGGAGAUGCAGUCAGAAUUACUUCUGAACCUUGGCAAGAUGAUGGUGUGAAAACCGACGUAAAACCGCAGCUUACAUCAUCCCUUCUCGAUGCUUCAGUCGAUGCAAGUAGCCGAACUGACAGUCUUGAAGGCCACUGGGGAUCUGUCUCAGUGCUCUCAACUCAGUCAGAUUUACCAGCUGUUGUUGAUUCUGAAGUAACGCCUCGUGCACGAGCUGAAGCAGAGGAAACUGACUUGAAGAAGGCAGAUGCUAUGACCGAGAGACAACAUUCUGACAGAUCUGAUUUGUUUGAGCCACCAUCGUUUAUGACAUUGGUUGAACCUAAUGGUGGAGGAAUGCAAAACUCAGCCUCAUCCGAAAUCCAGACUGCCCAAAACCGACAGCAGCCGAAUUCUGCAUCUCUGCAACCUGGCUGGUUUCCAUCUUAUACUCAUGUUGCAAACGACUCACCGGGAAGGAAGAAGAACGAAGCGAUUAUUGCCAAGGUGACAAACUGGAGCGCUGGGAAGCCGCACACUGCCCUGAAGAACCUUCUGGAUGACGCUGCACUCGAAAACAAGCAGAAAUCAUCACCAACCAGAAAAGAAAAUCUAGCUUCAAUGAUUCAGAAGGAUGAAAAAGCGACGAAAAAUGGCCCUGUCGACACAAUGGUCGACUCCGUUACACGCCCAAGAUCGCCUUCCGCACAAUUGGGAAACAAAGAGAUUGCAAAUGAGUGGAACUCCCCUGCAAGAUAUCCAUCAGACAUCAGGAGAGAAAGGAGGAAAGGGAAGCCAUAUUGGGCUCAAUUUGUAUGCUGUUCCUCAGUUCAUUAGAGUAGACUGUUUGAGAUGAGAUGUUGUACAACUUACUUGAAUGUUAUCUGUAUGAUUAGAUUACACUACAUUACUUGCACUGUCUCUGCCUGCCAUUGUUGUCUGCUCAGUUUUUAGGAUGCUUUGCUUUUUGGUGGAAAAUGUUGGCUUUUCCCAAGAAUCAUGUUUAUUUUGUAUGUUUGGUUAAUAAAAAUUUGAUGGAAUGGACGUUCUUUGGGGA